AUGUCUCUCAGGACAAAUAUCACUGAUGAGCGGCUGAACAUGUUCGUGCGUCGCUUCGAGCCCGUGUACUACGACCCAGAGCUGGUGCACCGAAACCACGUGCGGGCAAAGCGUUCCAUCGAGGGCGGCGGGAGCGGCCACGUACGCGUGCAGAUACGCAGCAACAAACGAUCGCUCAACUUGCAUCUUUCUGCCGACGCGUCCGUGUUCCACGAGGAUCUCGUUGUCGAGUCGUCUACGGAAGGGAUUAUCAACGUUGAUACAAGCCAUAUCUACAAGGGAUACGUUAUCGGCCAACCCCGCAGCCGGGUUUUCGGCUCUUUGCACCGUGGUGUGUUCGAAGGCAGCAUCGAGACCGGCUCGGGCGACAGCCUUUACGUGGAGCGGGCCAGGAGGUUCUUCAACGACAGUCGCCCUUACCACUCGGUGCUCUACUCGAGCGCCGACGUCGAGUUCCCGACGGUGGGAGAGGGAGGUCGCGGCCGCUGGUGCGGGUUGCACGGCAGCACCGAACAUUGGAUGAGGGAUAUGCUGCGCAGAUUCCGUCGCGCUUCGCCUCCUGAGGCUCACCUCGCUCAUGGCCGUGUGGGCCGAAAACUGCAAGCCAUUACCAAAGCAAGCUACAGCGACGAAGGAGACAGGAAUGACGCUGAGAAAAUUGGAACAAGUCAGGCAGAUAACGGCGACGACGAAAGGCGAGACAACGUCACGACAAAAGAUGGCGAGCGAAUUGUCGGAGGACGACGUGACGCCACCGAGAAGACGGAGCGGGAAAAGCUCGACGAUUCUGACGACGAGAGGGAGACGCUGAAGGGGACGAGAUCUAAGUGGAGGAGGCCCGCCCGACGACGGGCGGGGUCGCGGUCGCGCCGCGUGUGCAACUUGGAGAUCGUCGUCGACAACACGCUCACCGACAGCGUCCUGGAGGAGACGUCGAAUCUGGCGCUGUCGCGGGAGAUCAUCGCGUCCAUUAUCGCCCACAUAGUCCACAAGGUGAACGCCAUCUACGGCGACACAAACUUUGGCGGCAUCGAAGACAUCAACUUCGUCGUGCAACACAUCAUGAUUAGCGAGCCCGGAGACUGUGUGGGUUACAAGACCAAGCACGACCCGCUGUGCAGCACGUCUCUGGACCCGCCGCACCUUCUGUACCUUGUGUCGGUGACGCGCCACGACGACUACUGCCUCUCGUACAGGCUCAACUACCGGGACUUUUCGGACGGCACUCUGGGGCUUGCGUGGAUCGCCAGCGAUGAACUGGGCUCUGGCGGCAUCUGCGAGCGGUACCGCACGUCCGUGGAGCUGGACCCCGCCAGUGGCGACUACGUGCAGGUCAAGAUGAGCCUCAACACUGGCAUCACCACGCUCAUCAACCACAGACAGUACGUGGGGCUGUCCGUAGGCGCGCUCACGCUCGCCCACGAGAUUGGUCACAGCUUCGGAUCGCCCGUGAGUCGAGCCUGCGUCACAUUUAUUUCCGUAUUCCAGCAUGAAUGUCGCUCACUGAUGCAGCUCAGCGGCCUUUAA